AUGGGCCCAGAAAGAGAAAGACGCUACAGAGAGACUACACCAGGACGUACACCAGACACACAGGCUACAGAGACUACUUGCGAAACUACUUGCGUAAUCGUAAAGAGCCGUCUUUCGCGGCAAGCAACGAUUCGCAGCACUGAGAGGCACCCGGCGCUCUCAGCACAAUUUGGCGACAAAUCUCAUCAAACUAUAUGUUCAGGCCUCCACGAUGUGGCCUCUUUCGGAAACGUAGAUACCGUCCAGGAACUUUCUGAUAUCCUUGUUUCUGACCCUGCAGAUCUGCUGAAUAUCGGCGCACGUCUGCGACACGUUCUCGAGAGAGUUUCCCUCGACGAUCAGCUCGUCUUUCUGGGCGGUGGAGAUGGUGGCCUUGCAGCCCUCCCACACCUUGACUUUUCUGAGUCUUUUUUCUCCCAAGAAGUUUCUGAUCUCGACGUAGUCCUGGCCGUCCUCGGUCACAACGUUGACGUUGAUCGGGAAGUGCGCGUACACAAAUCUCAUCUUGUAUCUGAAGCCGACAGUGACGCCCUUGAUCAAGUUGGCAAUGAUAGAUUUCACAGUUCUCAGCGAGGCGACGUGUUUUCUGUCUCCGUUGUGAACAGUGAUUUUAAUCUGUGUAUUGGACAACUUGGUGAAGGUGACGUCGAUGUGGCGCAGGUCUUUCUUCAGCUCGCCGCGCGGACCCCUCACGAGGAUGUUGCGCGACUUGAUGACGAGAGACACGUCUUGAGGAACGUCGAGGAUUUCGGAGGAUUGGAUGUACUUCAUGGCGAAAUUGACGAAAAAAUUUUCACUCCCAUAAUUGUUAUAGCUCUGCUGUGGUUACCCUCCUGUUUGAAAAAUUCACCAUUUUGUUUUAACACCGGCAUGCUACAGUCCUUCCAACAACAGGCCAGACGGUUCCACGCCUCGCGUGUGGCGACCGCGCUGAGCAAGCAGAAGCGCAUGGAGAUCGCAUCGCACAAAAAGAAGCACAACAUCGUGCUGCAAAGCAGCAGACUCCUCAAUAAAGAGAAGGUCGAUCCUGUUCUCGGCAGAGCCAACAAUCCGUUCAUCGAGAGACUGAAAAUGGAGAUCGAGGAGCCCACCGUGCUGGCGAAGAAGUUUAAUCUCGCGGAGGUGGACAAGCUGCUCUACGGAGCCAAGGAAUCCAAGGUUCUCAAGUCUGUGUCGACGCUCGGUUACGACGAGGCCACAGUGAAGCAGAUCGAGAGAGAGGAGGCGGAGAAAAGAGAGAUUCUGCUUCGAAUACUCAGCAUGAGAAACGCAGACGAGCAGGAAAGGAACAGACGGGUGCUGGCCAUGGCUGUGGCCGAGUUCGGCAGGUUCGAGGGCGAUACCGGCUCGUCGGAAGUCCAGGCCGCCGCCAUGACUGUGAGACUGUUCAAUCUCAUGGAGCACAUCAAGCAGAAUCCGCAGGACAAGAUUCAUAUCCGCCGUGCACGUAUGCUGACCCAGCAAAGACAGAAGCUGCUCAAGUACCUGAAAAAAGACAAUCCGCAGAGGUAUUACUGGGCGAUCGAGAAGCUGGGACUUACCGACGAAGUGGUCCACAUGGAGUUCAACUUCGACAAGAGAUACAUGCAGGACUUUGAGAUCUGGCCAGGCAGACAGCUGAUCCGUCCUGGCAAGCGCGAGACUAGGGAAAGUGCGAGAAUGAAGAGACUGUUGACCAAAGAGAGACUGGACGAGCUGCAGAUCCGCACAGACGAAAGCGAGCAACAGCAACUGUAA